GAGGGAGGCCGCCCCCCCGUUCCCCCCGGUCCCCUUCCCCCUUGGCCGCCCCCAGGAAGGCGGCAUGCCCGGGUCCCCGCGUCGGCAGCCGGCGGUGCCCCCGCCGCCGGUGCCAACGGUGCUGCUGCCGCCGGUGCUGCCGGUGCUGCUGCUGCUGCUGCUGCUGCUGCUGCUGCCCCCGCUGGUGCCCCUCGCCUCCGGCUCCGCGUGGGCCGUGUCCCAGGCCGGCGGCGGCCCCGCCUGCGGGCCCUGCCAACCGGCCGCCUGCCCCCCGCUGCCCCCGCGCGGGUGCCCCCUGGGCGAGACGCGGGACGCCUGCGGAUGCUGCCCCGUCUGCACCCGCGGCGAGGGCGAGCCCUGCGGGGGCGGCAGGGGACACUGCGCCCCGGGCAUGGAGUGCCUCAAGAGCCGCAACAGGCGGAAGGGUAAAGCCGGGGCAGCAGCGGCGGCGGGGGCAUCAGGGCCCGGGGCCAGCGGCGUCGGCGUCUGCGUCUGCAAGGCCCCCUACCCCGUGUGCGGCAGCGACGGGCUCACCUACCCCAGCGGCUGCCAGCUGCGGGCCGCCAGCCUAAAGGCCCAAACCCGCGGGGAGAAGCCCAUCAGCCAGCUCAGCAAGGGCACCUGCGAGCAAGGAGCCUCCAUUGUUACCCCGCCUAAGGACAUCUGGAAUGUCACCGGGGCCCAGGUCUACCUGAGCUGUGAGGUCAUCGGAAUCCCAACGCCGGUGCUCAUCUGGAACAAGGUGAAGAGAGGCCACUUUGGGGUCCAGAGGACGGAGCUCCUGCCCGGGGAUCGGGACAACCUGGCCAUCCAGACGCGGGGUGGUCCAGAGAAGCAUGAAGUCACGGGCUGGGUGCUGAUUUCACCGCUGAGCAAGGAGGAUGAGGGCGAGUACGAGUGCCACGCAUCCAACUCACAAGGCCAGGCAGCUGCGGCCGCCAAAAUCACCGUGGUCAAUAGCUUGCACGAACUGCCAGUGAAGAAAGAGGAAGGUGCUGAGCUGUGAAGACCCGCGGUAAUCCAUAUCCACCUUUACGCCUACUAUAGCCCCGGAAACGGCAAUGGCUGCUCUUGCCCAGUAACCUGUUUCUUCUUACCUUAAUUUACUAAUCCUUAUAGCUGCCUUUAUUCACUGGUUUGCCCACAUCAUUGCAGCAACGUUUGCAGCCUCACCACGUCUAACUACAAAAUGUUUAUUGUCUAUUUACAAAUAAAGCCAACCGGCCAAAUGAA